UAGGAGAAAUAGUUUUUGCCCAACUUAUAUCAUUUAUUAUUUUCAAAUUGUACAUAAAAUAUAUUUUUAAAAUGUCACUUUCAGCUAGUCGUCAAUUAAUAUCGCGCCUGUUAUCGCGAAAUAAUAAAAAGUGCGUCAAGUUUACCGUCAACGUUAGACUGAAAGCGGAUGAUGCAAGUAAAAAUCCGAGCAACUCCAACGAGUUGGGAAAAAUUGAGUCUGCGGUGCUGAAAAAAUAUUCAGAGCCACUCCACAUUGAAAUCGUUGAUCCGCCAAAAUUACUGCAGUCCACGGAGGUGUUAAUUGACGUUAACUACUGUGCGUUAAAUGGACUUGAUGUACUGUUGUGUGAAAAUUUGUAUCCAAGAGAACAAAGUUUACCUUUUGUGCCUGGCUACGAGUUGUCUGGCAAAUUGAUCCAAGUCAGCGAAGGUGCCAAACAGGCGGGCUACAAUGUAGGCGACAAGGUAGUUGCCUUGAACAAAGAACGUUUUGGUGGACUAGCUGAUAAUUGUGUGGCAGAAAUCAACGAUGUCUGGAAAAUACCAGCUUCGAUUAAAUCAAUCGAUGCAGUGUGUUUGUUGGAAAACUACAUGACUGCAUUGAUAGGAUUGGAAAAGUAUGGGUCCAUAUCAGAAGAAGAUAUGAUUUUGAUCAACGUGGGCAUUGGUGGAAUUGGACUAGCAGCAGUUGACAUUGCUGCCAACGUUUUUAGAGCUCAGGUCAUUGGAGUAGGCUUUUCAGAGGACAGAGCAGAUAAAAUUCGCGAGAGAGGAGCUUUUCAUGCUCUUACUUACAACGAAAAGAGGCUUAUAAAAGAACUUGAGGGAAUUGCAAAAGAACGUGAUAUCAAGGGUAUUUUUGAAGGAGAAGAGGGAGCGCAAUUUAAAAAAGUGCUCUACGCUUUCACCAACGUUUAUAAGUCCAGAACACCUUCUAAACAUUUAUUGCGGGAUAACAAUUUUGGAGUUGUAGUACAGCAUUUGUCGAAAGAAGGUAAAAUAAUAGUGGCUGGAGUUUCGCACUCAAAGUCUAGUAAAAAUGCGUUAAAAGAAAGUAAGGAGGCAAAUGAAGGUAAGGAAAAAGCUGAUGCAAAGAAAGACGAAGAGGAAGAUUUCUUUACCGUGACAGGUAUCGAUUUAAUGGAUUACAAAAAAAGGAAAAAUGAACUCUACAGGCAAACUGGGGAUGAGGUGAUAUCAUUCUUCGAAGAAGGGCUAAUCAAACCAGUUCCUUCUAUGGUGGCUGGAUUCCACAAAGUUAACGAAGCUUACAAAUUUGUCUCCGAAAUGAAGGGCUGUGGAAAAGUUGUCAUCGACAUGAAGAACAAAGAUGCGGAGGCAAAAGCUAAAUAGGACAAAACCGUCAAAUAAUCUGUUUUGUAAUUUGUAAAAAUUUUUAUUUUUCGAAGUAUCAUUUUUGAUUGUAAAAAGAAAAAUAAAAAGAAAUCAUAGGACGUUUAACAUACGAAAGACUGC